AUGACUCUCGAACAGCCAGCCGGGGAAAUGUGGAAGAAGAUCAGGGAGGAGCUCAACGAGAACCCUGAAACCCGUGACAAGGAUUUGGAGCACAUUAAGGAAUGGCUGAAGAAGGAGCCCCAUCUACCUGAUGAGUUUGAUGACCAGCGUCUGAUGACCUUCCUCCGCGGCUGCAAAUUCUCUUUAGAAAAGACCAAACGCAAACUGGACAUGUACUUCACCAUGAGAACAGCAGUUCCCGAAUUCUUUACCAACCGUGAUGUGACCAUCCCUGAACUGCAGGAAAUAUUGAAGAUUAUCCAAAUGCCGCCAUUACCAGGACUCACCCCAGACGGUCGUAGAGUAGUUCUAAUGAGAGGUCUUGAUAAAGACGCCCAAACACCAAACGUUGCUGAUGCCUUCAAGUUAGCUCUCAUGAUGGGAGACGUCAGGCUGAAGGAGGAGAUUGAAGGAGUAGCUGGUGAUAUCUAUGUCCUUGAUGCCUCUGUAGCUACGCCAACACACUUUGCCAAAUUCACUCCAACUUUGGUUAAGAAGUUCUUAGUGUGCGUUCAGGAAGCCUAUCCAGUAAAACUGAAGCAAGUGCACAUUAUCAACGUGUCGCCAUUGGUCGACAAAAUUGUCAACUUUGUGAAACCAUUCCUCAAGGAAAAGAUCAGAGAAAGGAUCUUCAUUCACGGUGACGCAAAUGAUCUAUACAAACAUAUUCCUCAAGAAAUGAUGCCGUCAGAAUAUGGUGGUAAAGCUGGACCCAUGGAUGAAUUACACAAUGCCUGGGUAAAGAGACUAGAAGAAUACAAAGAAUGGUUCGCUGAGCAGGAGGAUGUAAAAGCGAAUGAGGCACUGAGACCAGGCAAGCCCACGAACUACGAUGAGCUGUUUGGCAUUGACGGGUCCUUCCGACAAUUGGUUAUUGAUUAAAUUAGAUAAAUCAGUGGUUAAAUUCUCUUUCCAGACCCAUAUUAUAAAAGCAUUGUGAAAUAGGCGAAUAGUGGUAGCCAUAAUAGUUUUGGGCAUUUAUGUUCCAUAAUUAUUAUUAAUAUGCAAUGCUUUUCUUAUCCGAUUACUGCUUAGGUAAUUUUAAUGUUUUUGUGGUGACUUUUGUCCAUAUUAUAAUAGGGCUGAAGUAAAUUUUAUAUUAUUAAAGUCAUAAAAUACGUAUUAAAUUUUUUUGUGUAGGAUACUAAAUGACAUUUUCUUACAAUCAGCGAACCAAAAAAAUAGUAAAACGCUGAGCAAGCAGUUAAUAAUUGUUUUAACAACGUAAUUGGCAGUAAUGUCGUUUUAUUUUUUAAGCAAACUUUCGAAACGAAAGCGUAAAGACUACUGACAUUACAAUUUUAAUUCUUAAAUAAUAACUGCUUGACAUUACCAUAAUAGAAUUUAACCACUGGAGAAACUAGUAUAACCCAACAAUUUGAAGAGACGUCGCUUUGAGGCUGUUGUUUUUAUAUAGUGAUGAAUUUUCAAAUUUGUAGGAUUAAUUGUAUUGCUUGUAAUUGAUACUCAUUUAACGUGCAACACGGUAUUAUUAUUGCGUAAUAUUAUCAUAUAAUUAUGUUAUGUUUAAUAAAAGUUUUCAUGAAA